CGUUGACCAAUAGAAAGCGUGCAUCUUCGCUCGAUAUUUGAUUGUCAAAUUUAGGGAAACAUUAGUCUAUUUAUAAAUUUAAUGUUUCGGGUGUAUUUUCAAUAAAACAGGCAGUCGCUAUGUUGAGCAAUCUGCGCGGCGUCUCGCCUUUAUCCGACGCUAUGUCCGACAGUACUUUAGAAAGAAAUCGCGCUGAAAAGGCACUUAUUACUAAAACGCCCGCCCAGAGUCUGGUUUUUGGGAACAAAACCAAUGUUAGUGGGACAAAGAAUUACUCCGAUAAAAACGGCAACGAUGUUACUAAGUCGGUGUAUAAAGGACGGAAGACUAUUGCAUUUUGGACGCUAGUGUGUUUGCUGUUCAUCCUCGCCAUCGGGAACCUAAUUCUCACAUUCACCAUUCUAGCCGUUUUGAGACUCGGACAAGGCAUGGAAAGUAUGGAGCUUCUCCCGGAGCACAACGCUAUCAAACUGCUGGGUGACACAGGAUUUGAACAUGUUUACAAACGUGACGGGCUGCUCGAGGGCUUCAGGGACAAGCCUGUCCAAAUCUCCAGCGAGAACGGCACCGUGCGAGUCACAUUGCAGACUAGAUUAUCUCGCACGGAAACGAAGUUGGCGGUGAACUCUUCCGGUGUGUUUGUACGCGGCGUCGGCGCGAUGCGGCUGUUGGACCCAGUGUCUGGGGAGACUGUCUUCAGCACCGCCGCCCGGGAGAUGAACAUACCCGAUGGCGUCAAAAACCUUAACGCUAAGCAAAUCUCAACCAAACGCAUAUCCUCACCAACCGACCAAGACUUGAAACUCAAAUCCGACUCCUCAGCCCAUCUGCGCGGCUCCGAAGGCACCCGAAUGGAAUCCAAGGAACUCUUCUGGUCCGCCGACCAAGACAUCUACCUUAAAUCUAUCAACGGCUCUGUAGUACUCAGCGGUAAGGAAGGUGUAUAUAUACCGGUAAGAAAUUUACCAAUAGCCUUACCGUUAAACCGUACGGAACCCAGUACGGGACAGUUUAAAGUGUGCGUGUGUAUGCCGCAAGGGAAAUUGUUUCGUAUCGCUGUGCCCAGUGGGCAGAAAGUCACGUGUUCGCAUAUAAAUAUGACGGGGGAUUUGAAUCCUUGUAUUUAGAUGUGUGUAUAGGUUAUGUCGCUUCAAGAUAGAGAAAAUAGUAGAUGAUAUUAAAAUGCCAGAAUUUACUGAAUAUAGAAUAUGUCCAAAAGUAUUUAUUGUAGUGUUUUACAGAACAGUUAGUGGUUUCUUUGCGUUGGUGUGGUGAAAAGUUUUACGUUUCACGGUAGCAAAUUUUGUGCAAACUACGAGUACCUUGAAACCCUCGCAAGUGUCCACUUCUAACUACUCGCUACGCUCGUGGUUCAAUUUUAGAAUCUUUCGCUUGCUCGGGUGUCAAUAUUAGCACGAGCGGUUAAACUACAACUUUGUCCCCUUGUAAAACAAAUAAUUAUUCUCUGUAUUUAUCAAAGGCCAUUACAAUUUAGUAAAGUGGCUAAUAUGCCACCAUAAUGGCUCUAACAAACUUGAAUACCUAAUGUUGUCAAUAAACUACAUGCAAUAAACAAGAGAAUAGUACAAUAUUUAAGGCGUAAUACACUACACGAUCUGUCAGGCCCGAUUUAUGAGUGUAAAGACUUGAGCCUCAUUCACACGAGCGCUUUUUCAACGCGCGUUUAAAAAGCGCUUCAAUCUGC